CCUGGCGGCCGCGCGCACCGCGCGUGCGCACCGCGAGCUCUAGGGGCGGUGCUGCGUUUCUUCUCCGUCCGGGGACAGCUGCGGUGCGCCAUGGCUAGCGGGGUUAUUAAAUGCAAGGCUGCUGUUGCCUGGGAGACAGGUAAACCUCUCUCUAUUGAGGAGGUGGAGGUCGCUCCUCCAAAAGCACAUGAAGUUCGCAUCAAGAUAGUUGCCACUGCUCUCUGUCACACUGAUGCCUAUACUCUGAGUGGUGCUGAUCCUGAGGGAUGUUUCCCUGUGAUUUUGGGUCAUGAAGGGGCAGGAAUUGUAGAAAGCAUUGGGGAAGGAGUUACAAAAGUAAAGCCAGGGGAUACCGUUAUCCCUCUGUACAUCCCCCAGUGUGGUGAGUGCAAGUUCUGCAAGAAUCCUAAAACUAACCUGUGCCAAAAGAUAAGAGUUACUCAAGGGAGAGGACUCAUGCCUGAUGGUACCAGCAGAUUCACCUGCAAAGGAAAGCAGGUUUACCACUUCAUGGGGACUAGCACCUUCUCGGAGUACACGGUGGUGGCUGAUAUCUCAGUAGCUAAGAUAGAUGCUGCAGCACCUCUCGAUAAAGUGUGCCUGCUGGGUUGUGGCGUCUCUACAGGCUAUGGGGCUGCUGUUAACACUGCUAAGGUGGAACCUGGAUCCACAUGUGCGGUCUUUGGUUUAGGAGGAGUUGGGUUGGCUGCUAUUAUGGGCUGUAAAGCAGCAGGAGCAUCCCGGAUCAUUGGCAUUGACAUAAACAAGAACACCUAUGCCAAAGCCAAGGAGUUUGGAGCUGCUGAGUGCAUUAGCCCUCAAGACUUCGAGAAGCCCAUACAGGAGGUGCUGGUUGAAAUGACCGAUGGUGGUGUAGACUACUCAUUUGAGUGUGUCGGUAAUGUUGGAGUCAUGAGGGCUGCCUUGGAAGCCUGCCACAAAGGCUGGGGAGUCAGCGUGAUAGUUGGAGUAGCUGCUGCUGGUCAGGAGAUCUCAACACGGCCGUUCCAGCUCGUAACCGGUCGGACAUGGAAAGGGACUGCAUUUGGAGGCUGGAAGAGCGUAGACAGUGUUCCAAAGCUGGUGACUGACUACAUGUCCAAAAAGAUCAAAGUAGAUGAAUUUGUGACUCACACCCUGCCUUUUGACAAAAUUAAUGAGGCUUUUGAACUGAUGCAUGAAGGAAAGAGCAUUCGAACAGUUCUAAAGCUUUAGAGCCAGCCAUGAGCCUUCCAGUUAGCCAGCCGUGUGGUAACUGUCCCUUUAUAAUGGAAUUUCUGACAAGGAGUAGAACCCUGCAAGCGAAAACUCAGUGCGACUUAGGAAGAUUUUAGGGUGAGCAUCCUAAAUAUUAAAUGACCUGUUCUUCUGGAAAGAAAAAAGUAACCACGGAGUAGUGUGGUUUAUCAUAUAAAUAACACUGAUUUUGGAACUUCUGUACCUGUUCCUCAAAUGUAAUUGUGCCUAACUCGAUUUCCUUAAUAAUAAAAGCAUAUUUCUAAACAGUA